AUGGGCAAGUGUGGCUUCAUCGCAAUUGUUGUAGCAUUGUUAUCUGUGCUACUGGGGGUGAGGAUAGUCAAUUUAAGGAAGAGGGCCCUCGCCUCUCGAGAGCUGGUCAACAAACACCUCCCCAAUUGUGUACCACUGAAGAGUCUGAAUGAAGGUUCAGAAGAUAUCACUGUGUUUGGGGAUGGACUAGCGUUCGUCAGCACUGGUCUGAGUUAUCCUGGAAUGCCCUCUUCAGACGCUCCCGGAAAGCUCUUUCUCCUUGACCUGAAAGACUCUCGGAUGAAGCCAGCGGAGCUGCGAAUGCCGAGAAAUUUUGACCUUGAGACAUUCAACCCUCAUGGCAUCAGUGUCUACACAGACCCAACUGAUGGCGCAGUGUACCUUUUUGUCGUGAAUCAUCCUCACCUCAAAAGCCAAGUAGAGUUAUUUAAGUUUGUUGAAGAAGAACUCUCCCUGUUGCAUAUAAAGACCUUCAAACAUGAACUUCUUUAUAGGGUGAAUGAUAUUGUGGCUUUGGGAGUGGAUCGUUUCUAUGCCACCAAUGAUCACUAUUUUUCACAUGAAAUACUUAAAACAUUUGUGGAGCCUCUUCUGUGUCAACCAUGGACUAACGUUGUGUAUUACAGUGCAGAGACAGUUAAAGUUGUCUCUGAGGGAUACUACUUUGCCAAUGGCAUCAACCUGUCACCAGACAAAAGGUAUAUAUAUGUGAUGGAUCUACUUGACCAAAAUGUGCAUGUGUUGGAGAGGAAAGAAGACAAUGCAUUGGCCUCUGUCAAGGCCGUAGCUGUGGGCUCACUCUGUGACAACAUAGAAGUCAACCCUCAAACAGGUGACCUGUGGUUGGGCUGCCAUCCUAAUGGAUGGAAACUUUUGAAAUAUGACCUUAACGAUCCACCGGGAUCAGAGGUCAUCUGCAUUAAGAACAUUCAUUCAGAAGAGCCUGUGGUGACACAGGUAUAUGCUGAUGAUGGUCAUGUAAUUAUGGGCUCCUCUGUAGCUACGACUUAUGCAGGAAAACUGAUCAUUGGGUCAGUCUUCCAUAAAACCUUGUGCUGUGAUUUAGACUAG